AGAAAUGUGUGAUCCGCUUACUAAUAAAUUUAAAAUAAGUUAUAAACAAUUUUGACAAGUUAUUUGAAACUUUUGCUUAUUCAAAGAAAAAUCAUUUUUGUUUAUCCAAACCCAACUAAGCAAGUGGCCAAGUAUAAUACGCCGGACGGAAAUCUUUCUUAGGUGUCCGGAAUAACCCUUCUUAGCUUGCCAGGUUCCGUGCACAAAAUGGAUAGCUGGAUCGACGAUGACGACGGCGACUUUUUCUCACCUUUCACGGCGGCUACCAAUACAACAAGCGCCGGCGAGCACGGUAAAUUUCACCCUAACAAUCAAAACUUCAUCUUAUCUCCGCCGCCGCCACUAGUGAGUCCCGACUCUGAAGACGGCAGCGAUUGCGGCCACAGCAGCCAUCUCAGUUUCAACAUCGACGAGAAUCAAAGGGCGCCGAAGAUAUUUGACCGGUUCUACGAUUCCUCGUCUGAUGACGAUGAGGACGAGGAGUUCACCCGUCAAAACGACGCUGCCCAGAAACGCCUCGAUUACAUGAUCCAAUUCCUUGACCGGAAGCUCUCUUCAUCGCUGGACUCUGCGUCGUUCAACAGCCGCAACAAUAGCAGCACUAAUCAGCCUCUUCCUGAAUUUGUAGGCCAGGGCGGCGGCAGGGGGAUAUUCAAGCUCCAGGACCAGGCAGGGACUCACCCGGGGAGGCCGCCAUCUCUUGAAUUGAGGCCUCGUCCCCUGAUAGAAACCCAAAUUGGGCGGUUUUUGAGGACCAUUAUUUGCACUGGUGAUGGAUUUCAGCUGUGGGCUGGCUCGGAAAGUGGUGUCCGUGUUUGGAACUUAGCUGAUAUUUAUGGUGUAGCACCUGAUGAGAAUUUGGAAAAUGGCGCCGCGUCGUUCUUUGAAUCAGUUGAAACCCCGCCCACGUUGUGCCUGGUAGGUGAUGCUGCCAAUAGGGUUGUGUGGAGUGGACAUAAAGAUGGCAGAAUCAGAUGCUGGAAAAUGGCUAAUGCUUGUGGAAGUUUGGGGGAUUUUGCUGAAGUUCUAUCGUGGCAGGCUCAUAGUGGACCAGUCCUCUCCAUGGUCAUUACUUCGUAUGGUGAUCUAUGGUCGGGAUCUGAGUGUGGUGCUAUCAAGAUCUGGACAUGGGAAGCAAUUGAGAAAUCAUUUUCUCUAACAGCAGAGGAACACCAUAUGGCUUCUUUAUUAAUAGAGAGGUCAUAUGUGGAUAUUAAGAACCAAGGUACUCUUAAUGGCAAUAAUAUAUUCUCUGCUGAUGUCAGAUAUAUGGUGUCUGAUCGCUCUGGUGCAAAAGUGUGGACUGCUGGCUACCUGUCUUUUGCAUUAUGGGAUGCACGGAUGUGGGAGUUAUUGAAAGUGUUCAACAUAGAUGGUCAGGUUGAAAGUAUUUCGGCUGUUCAAGAUCCUGUAAUGGAAGAAGAGUUGAGGAUGAAGUCUGUAUAUGUUUCAAAGAAGGAGAAGUCACAGACCUCCUUCAGUUUCUUUCAGCGAUCGUGUAAUGCUAUUUUGGGAGCAGCUGAUGCUGUUCGUAGAGUUGCAGCUAAAGGAGGUUUUGGAGAUGAUAAUCGAAGAACUGAAGCACUUGUCAUAACGAUUGACGAAAUGAUUUGGACUGGAUGUGCUAAUGGAUUACUGGUCCAAUGGGAUAGUGAUGGAAAUCAUGUGCAUGAAGUUCAGUACCAUACUUCUUCUGUUCAAUGCUUUUGUACUUUUGGAUCACGAAUAUGGGUUGGAUAUGCCAGUGGGAUUGUUCAGGUGUUGGAUAUUAAUGGUAAAUCACUUGGAGAAUGGUUAGCACAUAGGAGUCCAAUUAUAGAGAUGGCUGUUGCAGAUGGUUAUGUUUUUACCUUAGCAAAUCAUGGUGGUAUACGUGGGUGGAGUAUAUUAUCUCCAGCACCAAUUGAUGAUCUAUUACAUUCAGAGUUGGCUGAGAGGGACUUUUUGUAUACAAGAAUAGAGGAUCUGAAAGUAUUGGCUGGCACAUGGAACGUUGCACAAGGAAGAGCCUCUCAUGACUCACUUAUAACAUGGUUAGGUUUUGCAGCUGCGGAAGUUGGCAUUGUUGUUGUUGGGCUGCAGGAAGUGGAGAUGGGUGCUGGUUUUCUUGCAAUGUCUGCUGCUAAAGAAACAAUGCAGGUGGGCCUUGAGGUAAGUUCCACUGCUCAAUGGUGGAUGGACAUGAUUGGGAAAACUUUGGAUGAAGGAUCAACUUUUGUAUGUGUUGGUUCCAGGCAGUUGGCAGGCUUGCUUAUUGGUGUAUGGGUUAGAAGAAAUAUUAGUCGUCAUGUUGGGGAUGUUGAAGUUGCAGCAGUUCCUUGUGGUUUCGGGCAUGCAAUUGGGAACAAGGGAGCUGUAGGCUUGAGAAUGAGGGUGUACGGUCGUGUUUUGUGCUUCGUGAACUGCCACUUUGCUGCACACUUGGAGGCUGUUGGUCGCCGUAAUUCUGAUUUUGAUCAUGUAUAUCGAGGAAUGGUCUUCAGUCGGCCAUCUAGCUUUCCGAAUGCUGCUGCUGCUAGUGUCUCAUCUGUGGUUCAAAUGCUACGUGGUGCCAAUGGAGCAGUUAACUCUUUAGAAGCCAUACCAGAGCUAUCUGAAGCCGAUAUGGUUGUCUUUCUGGGUGAUUUCAACUAUCGUCUUGAUGGAAUAUCGUAUGAUGAAGCAAGGGAUUUUAUCUCUCAGAGGUCUUUUGACUGGCUAAGAGAAAGGGAUCAGUUGCAUAAAGAAAUGAAGGCUGGUAAUGUCUUCCAAGGAAUGCGUGAAGCAUUGAUCAAAUUUCCUCCUACAUAUAAAUUUGAAAAGCAUCAACAUGGUUUAGCUGGGUAUGAUUCUGGGGAGAAGAAGCGCAUUCCUGCCUGGUGUGACAGAAUUUUGUACCGUGAUUGCCGUACCUCUUCAGCUUCCACAUGCAGCUUAGACUGCCCUGUAGUAUCUUCAGUUCUGCAGUAUGAGGCUUGCAUGGAUGUGACAGACAGUGACCAUAAACCAGUGCGCUGUAUAUUCAGCGUUCAGAUUGCUCGGAUAGAUGAAUCUGUGAGACGGCAAGAGUAUGGAGAGAUCAUGAGAUGUAACGAGAAGAUAAAGUCGAUGCUGAAAGAAGAGUUUGAAGUUCCUGAUGCAAUUGUCAGCACAAACAACAUAAUCCUCCAAAACAUGGACGCAUCCAUCUUGCGCAUCACAAAUAAGUGUGGGAAGGGCAUAGCCAUGUUUGACAUAAUUUGCGAAGGCGAGACAACUGUUAGGGAUGAUGGGCAAGCUUUUGACCAUCGUCCACGAGGUUCUUUUGGUUUCCCCAGGUGGCUUGAGGUAAGCCCGGUUACUGGGAUAAUUGAACCAGAUCAGAUUACUGAAGUCAUAGUUCAUCACAAGGAUUACCAGACGGUAGAAGAGUUUGUAGAUGGGGUCCCGCGAAACUGUUGGUGUGAAGAUGCAAGGGACAAGGAAGUGAUACUUGUAGUCCAUAUCCGCGGAGGCUGCACCACUGAGAUGAGGUGCCACCGCAUUCGUGUCCGCCACUGCUUUUUAGGCAUCAAGACUGCCCCUCAAAAUAAUAAUAACAGAAGCUCCGGCGACUCUAAUAAUAACCUUUUCCGGGCAGAUGUCCUCCACCGAGCCGAUAUUCAACACCUUAGCUUUUCAUCAGAUGUUUUUGAGCAGCUUAAGAGCAUUCAAAGUCCAUAAGGGGUGUGGUGCUGUUUUUUUGUGUCCCACACAUGUGAGACAUACAUUGUUUGUUCAUAUAGCAAUUCCUGGUUUGUUGAUUUUUUUGUUGAUAUGUCCAUUGCUCCAAGCCUGUUUGUAAGUUCAUUUAUUUAUUUAUAGGGAAAGUCCAUUUUGUUUUACACACUCCAACUUUGUGUAUAGAACUAUACCUCAUAUAUGGGUUUUAAUUUUUUUUUAAAGGAUAGCUUCCGCACAUCAAUGAAGCUUAGAUGUAGUA